AUGUCGAUCUCUAUAGCCGGGCCAGCUGCAAGAGUGCCAUUGGCAUACGAAUUGUUAAGUGCAUCGAGUAAACACGCACCAAAGCCGAUCCAGAAACCGCCUAUUCUUUUUCUUCACGGGUUUCUUGGCUCGAAACGAGAAAAUAGACAUGUGAGCAGACCCGAUGCUAAUCACGUGUUCCCACUAAGACUACUUGCUAAGGACCUGAGGCGGGAUGUCUAUACCCUGGAUCUACGAAAUCAUGGGGACUCUGGCCAUCAUCCUAAGCAUAACUAUACUGAGAUGGCUUUGGAUGUCAAGUCCUUCAUUGAAACGCAUCAACUACAAUGUCCGGCUGUGAUUGGCCACUCAAUGGGCGCCAAAACUGCGAUGACACUUGCUUUGGGCUCACCGAAUCUUGUAUCUGAGGUCGUCGCCGUCGACAAUGGUCCCAUUGAACUUCCUCUUGCUCCAGAAUUCAAAGUUUACCUUGAAUCCAUGGAGAAGAUUCAUAGUAUGCGUGUCACGACUCACCGCGAAGCUGACAUAAUUCUACAAGAAUCUGUGACGUCUCCAUCAGUCAGAUUAUGGCUCUUGAGCAAUUUCAUCAAGGAGAAAAAUGCAUCUCAUCUGAAGCUCAGACUUUCCGUGGAUAUCUUGAAGAACGCACUUGGCCCGUUGGGGGAGUUUCCUCAUGCCACAGGAACUGGAAAAUUCUCAAAGCCAGUUCUAUUUCUUCGAGGUCUGCAGAGCCAUUAUAUCCCCGAAACUGCAUUUCCCUUAAUGUCGACUAUAUUCCCUCGCUUUGAGACAGUCAAUAUUGAUUGUGGACAUUGGAUCGUACAGGAGAAACCAGAGCAAUUCAGGCAAGCUGUUGUCCAAUUCCUACAGAAACACAACUGA